UUGACCAUAAGCAUGGCGGAUCACUUGUUUGCGUGUGCGUGUUGUGUGUGCCUGGCUGUGUUUUGCAAAUUGCAAAUGAGUUCCUUGAGCCGAAACGUGUUAUUUGGGAACCCAAGCAAUUUUUGUGUUUAGUGAUGACAGUGGGCUCAUCUAGAAGAGAGUCAUUGGGAUGUCGUCAGCAGCCAAGUACAAACCACCACUUCCACCAAAGCCAAAGAUUUUUCCUCUGGAGUUGACUGACGUACUGAGGACGACAAAUGUUCCUCCGAGACCUCUGAGUGGCUGGGAUGUAUCAUGUGACUCGGAUACUCCUCGUCAUGAUACCAAUAAUGUGUCGGGAGACAACACGGACGAGUCACCUUCAAAGCAGGGCAUGGCAUCAAACGACAGUACAGACAAGCAGCAACAUGAAAGCAAGUCUCUAGAGAAUAGCACUGGUGAAAGAGAACUCGGAAGAGGCACGAGAAACGUUACUCUUGUUGAGAAGGGCAACACAAUCACUGAAGAUUGGUCACUCAGGGAGAGCCUGGAGUCUGGUGAUGAGGCUUGCUGCACACGCUUUUCUAACCUUAUCCAACGCAAGGCCAAGGAAUUUUCUUCUCACCUGACAAAGCCGCCCAAGCCGCCCAAGCCUAGUGGCCUCACAUCCUCUCACUCUAAUAUCACUCGCUCUCUUCCUUGGCAGCCUGCAAGCUUUGGUGAUGAAAUAUCUGCAAAUAGCAUAUGUUUUGCCGACGAGGAUAUCAGUGAGGUGAGUUCAGACUACCAGGAUCUGGACCUAAGUCGUGUAGCCAAUGAGGCCACUGCAGCCAGUGUACAUCACGUAACACGUACAAAGGUGACUUCAAAUGUUAGUCAUGAAAGUGAAUAUGAAGUAAUAGAGCCGCCACCAGGAGACUUAACAAUGCCGACUGUGCCUGAACACGUUCUGAGAGAUGGAGUGUCUGGUGCAGCCACAAGAGCAACUGUGUUAAAGAAUCUGAAACCUCCACCACAUGGGCCCUCCACUACGAAUAAGAGCGAGAGCCAUGAUCCAUUAAUGGAUGGAGUGUCAAAAGAUGCUCAGCAGUCAAUACCACGGAACAAAACAAAACCUAAAAGGCCACCUCCUCCUAAAACUUCAAAGACUGAGGAUGAAGUUCUGGUGGGCAUGCCCUCGAAAAUGGUAGUUCGGCAAGAUAUACAUGGACAAUGUCCAGAGGAAGUAUCGGCAGGAGAAGCUCUCCACACUGUACCACACAUGCAGGACUGUCAUAGCAGUACAUGUCAAGUAAAAGCCGAAUAUAGAAAUAGCGAGACUGAGAGUGUAGUGAACGCAAAACAUUUAUCAUCAGCAGACCCAGAACCUGAAAAAGUAGUGGCAAAGAAGAAAAGAACACCACCUCCGAGACCUCCACCGCCAAAGUUGAAGCCACACGUUCCACAUAUCACCACGAUAGACGAUUGCAGCCAGACUGAUGACCUGACUGACUACCGUACCAAAAAUGUAAUUGAGCACCUUGAUCAGAUGUUAUCAACACAACAUCAAGUCCACGAAGAUGUGGCUUCGAUUGAAAACUCACUGAAUAUGCUAGUGAAAGAAACAGCACACAAAUUUUUGCCACCAAGUGAAUAUGUUUGUACUGCAGUUGUUACAGAGAACUACAAAAUGCCUCCGAAGCCACCACCGCGAUUGAAGCGAAGGACACGUUCAAGAACAGUAGAGUCAGUAAGGACACGGGUGGAUUUGCCACGGAGGAGCCAUUCCUUAUCUGAAGCAGACAUUCUCAAGAAAAAGGCCUAUCGGGAUACACUUGAAGCUGACAACGUAGCUGCAACAUUAACGGAAACAUUUGUUAUGGUUGUGGAAUCUCCUCUAACACCACAGGAAGUACGCACUCUGUAUAUGAAUGAGGUGUCAGAAGAUUGCAAGUCGAAAUGUAAAGAGCCUCUGUGCCCUAAUCCCAAUCAAAUGCGGUUCCGACCACUUCCUGCACCCCCACCACCACCCAGAGGGAGAACAAAAGCAUCUUCUGAAAGUGGAUCGCUUGAAAGACGAUCUUCCAAAAGUGAACAACCAAAAUCCUGUAAGGAGCUCACUGAUCCCGCGUUUGAAGAUACGACAAACCCGAAGCCUGCCAUCAAUGAAUAUCCUAGCAAGAAGCGUAUUACAGAGCAGGGGACAGAGCUACAAAAGACACAUGAAAAUGAUGGGGUGGAGGCAACACAGUCUGCUGACAAUGUCAUUCACAUUGAAAGUAAAUCUCAGAAGGGAGUGGACAAGAAUUCCGUACCCCUGCAAGUAGCGCAUGAGAAACGAGUGUCUGGUAGCACCUUCUACGACUGCCUUGAGAUCCCACCAGAAGAGCAGCGAGGAGUGGAAUCUCCACUGGAAGGAAACAGUGAGAAAUCUCGAUCAAGUUGGUUUGAUGACAGUGAUGCGUCUGGAGACAUUGCCGAUGUGGACUCUCCAGUUCAUCCUAGUGACUCCGACCGACCACUAUCAUCAUCUCCCAGUUCAGUACAGAGGUCGAAGACAAAGGGUGGGAAGGAAAAAAAAAGGCCUAGUUCUAAGUUCUACUGCAGUGUAGAAGAAAGGGAAAGCUCCACAGACAGGGAAAUGUGUCCCCCUGUGCACCCGUCUCCCAGAAGAAGGAAAGAUAAGGGAGAAGAGGACAAAGGAGAUGACACUGAUGAGCUAUUAGAGAUGGCUGAGGGUCUACAGAAGGAGAUGCAUCAGGUACUGGUGGAACGACAGAAGAAGCUACUGCAGACCCUUGACAGUGAGCUUUCUUGCCAACAGGUGGCUGACCCAGAAUCCAAGGAACAAACAAUGCCAAGUACGAUGGCUAAAGAAGAAGAGGAUCCUCAGCACUUGUCCACUGCUGGUGUACUACGCAAGGAUAAUCUCAGUACCCUAUCCACAGCAUCUGAAGUUAGCUGGCAAGGCUCAUCUGAUGAAGAAAGCGAUACUGAAGACACCUCCCACCUGACUUCAGAGGAGGCAUGCCAACAUCGAAAUAAAAGAAAGCUAUUCUACAUUGCCCGUGAGAUGGCUACUUCUGAAAACAUCUUUGUAGAUGCUCUACGUCUACUCAACGUGGAUUUUAGGAAUGCUGUUCGGAAAGCAAGCAUCCGUAAAGGAUACCCAAUUAUUCCAGAAGACUUACUUGAGCAGAUCCUCAAGCACCUUCCCCAGUUACAAGCACUAAACGAGAGACUUCUUAGUGACCUCUGUGACCGUGUUGAACAUUGGGAGAACAAAGCAUGUAUAGCAGAUAUCUUGGUAAAGAUUGGUCCCUUUCUGAAGCUCUACUCCUCUUACAUAAUGGACUUUGAGCCCAUGACAGUUGCGUUGGAAGAAGCAAGGAGAAAAUAUCCAGACUUUGCCUUUGUAGUGCGUGAAUUUCAACAAAGCCCCCGCUGCAAGCAGCUAACUCUUGAGCAGUACAUGCUGAAGCCUAUACAGCGAAUCCCUCAGUAUCGACUGCUGCUUCGGGACUAUGUGGACCACUUAUCAGUUGAUGCUGAAGACUACCAAGAUGCUUGCCAAGCACUAGAGAUUGUUAGCCAAGUGGCCAAUCACGCCAACGAAAGCAUGAAGCUUGGGGACAACUUCUCGAAACUCAUAUCACUGCAGAACAAGAUUCACGGUCACUAUGAAGUAAUCAAGCCUGGCCGGAUCAUCAUCCGUGAAGGGGAACUGAUGAAGGCAUCACGGAAGAUCAUGCAGCCACGCUGGUUUGUGCUUUUCAGUGACAGCCUGCUGUACCUGACACCCAUGCAACAGGGGUAUUACAAAGUGAACUAUGAGCUCCCGCUCUCUGGUAUGAAGGUAAUGGUUCCCCAGCAGCCAGACUACCAAAAUGAAUUCAGCAUCAUAACUACAAAGCGCUCCUUCAUUCUCUCAGCCAGCUCUUCUGAAGUGCGUCAGCUAUGGAUAACUGCACUCAACAAAGCUAUUGAAGACACUGUCAACCGCAAAUGUUCCUUCUUGCUACUUCAAAAGGAUGGCGGUGAAGACAGCAGUAGUAGCGAACUGGGCAAAGAGGCUCCGGUGUGGAUCCCAGAUCGUCGAGUAACCAUGUGUCAGCUAUGUACGAGAGAGUUCACUUUCACUCAUCGAAGGCAUCACUGCAGAGCAUGUGGAAAGGUGAUCUGCUCAGCGUGUUCAUCCAACAGAGUUGCUCUCCACUAUGUGGGCCCAAAGCCUGUGCGUGUCUGUGAUCAUUGCUACUAUUCUCUGAGGCAAUCAAUAUCCUGUGGGCACACAGAAGUCAGCUUCGCCAAUGGAAAUCAAGACAGUCACCAGCUACAAGAGCAUGCCAACACGAAAAAAAGAAAUGUUAAGGGGAUACUCCAGGAAGUAGCAGCCAAUGACCAAGGUUCCCUGCUCAGUGGCUAUCUGCAUCAGUGGUGGAAGGGUGCUUGGAAACGACGCUGGUUUGUGGUGAAGGAUCACGUACUUUAUGUGUACCGUGCUAGUGAAGAUAUCUGCGCUUUGCGGACUGUGCCUCUCCUGGGUUAUCAAGUUCAACCAGUACACAAGGGCUUUGAAGACAUACCUCGAGAGCACCUUUUUGAGCUUGCCCACAGUGGCAUCAACUCCCUCGUCUUCUACGCUGACAGUGCAUCUCUAGCAGAACAGUGGAAAAAGGCAAUGGAACAGGCUACAACACUCACUUGAAAAUUCUUCAAAGUUUUUCCAAAAGUUUUCUAAAUGAUAGCACUAGGACAAAAGCACAUGUAACUCUUCUGUCACAUCACCUUCAGUUGAGCAUUGAGCACAAAGAAACAUGCAUUUUCCAUGCCAAAGAACUUAUGAGGGAUAGUUCUGAAAAGUGGAUAGCACACAGACUUUGUUAAGUGGUUCAUAGUAUCACAUUCGCAACAGGGAGAGACCAUUAUAAAAAGUAUGCACUAGACGUGCAACAUAUCAUACUUGUGUAGUCCGUGCAUUCUGAAAUAGUAAAUAUUUUACACACUAAGUUUGAUCUACAAGCUCAGCACACAUGAGAAGAAUGGUUUUGUAUAGUUCCAGCAAGUUGGAAAAAAAAAUUCACUAACAAAAAUGGAAAGCUGUAAAUCAUGUCUAUCGAAAUGAGAAAGUCAGCAGAGCCACGUGGAUGAGGUGAAUGCAAUGGCCCUGCAUUUCUGCAUCUAAGCAUUUCCAUACAAACAGGCUCUGAAAUUGAGAAAGUUCUCCAGAGACUCUCUGACAUGUGGGAAUACACAUAUACAAACCUGUCAAUUAGUACUUCCUCGAACACUACAAUCUCUGCAGAAAUCUCGUCACUGCCAGAUGCUUCUUGAUGCAGUUGUCUUUUUGUCAACCUGAAUGUUUGUAAUUUGUACAGAAAAUGUGUGCUGCUGACUCCGGAGCUGGAACUCUGUUGAUUCUGGUCCUACUGUGCUUGUUCACUUUACAGACAUUGUUCAUUUAUGUUGAACAAAGUGAAUAGUGCCCCUUAUGUACAGAUGAAAAAAGGUGUUUCAAGGUGUUGUAGCUCAGUUUGUACUCAUACAUCUGAAAUAGUUUUUGAGACCUACAUCAUUCAUUCCAACGGAAAAUUCUACAUAACCAUACAUAAUAAAUAUUGGCGACUCCAACUCUAAGCAUUUUCGUAAAUAGGGCUGUGUGUAAAUAGUGAAAUUAUGGUGUGCAAAAGUGCAAAUAUAGUAGUAAUCUUGCACUAAAUAGUGUAUUUUAUGUACGUUACACAGAAAGGUACACUGUAUAUUGAAAAAUAUUUUGUGUAACUAUGCUGCCUGAAAUUGCAUAAGAAGUUGUGUAUGAGAGCCAUUUGUCAUGUAAUGAUAUUUUCAAUUAAAGAGAGCAGAUUGUGUCUCUAGUAGAAAUACCAAGGUAAACCUGGAAAACUUUCAUAGUUUCUGCAGUCUUUCUCAUGGGUAUUCCCUGUGCUUACUAUGGAUGAGUGCUUAUAUCAAAUAGCAUGGUUACAAUAGGAAAUGUUUUUGUCAUAUGUAAUUCAUUAUAACUGCUGGUGACAUCUUUUAUCUCUUCUCAUAACAUUGUAAGCACUUUUCUUUUUGCGUGUAUCAGCGACUCACUUUCGUGCAACAAAUCGUUAGUUUUUAUUCGGAAGAUGCGAGGUCUUUGCACUGUGCAGUUUUAUUGAUGCGCAUUAUUUGACGAUUUGUGUAGCUCUCAGAUAGCUGGGAAUUCCUUCUUAACAAAAGGGACAGAUAACACAACACUGAGAACAUUGCGCAGUAUUACGGAUAUGGUUAUAUUCUGUCAUUCCUUUUGUAUGUCCAUUCUUAUAAGUAUGGUACACCUGAACUGAAGUGUACAAUCACCAUUGAUCAGCUGCAUUUCAGUACAGUGUAAAUUUUAGGAGGCAAUCAUGUGAUUUAGUGUUGCACAACCACAAAGGAAAGCAAUUUUCGUUUCAGUGAGCAGAGGAAAUUAUCAUAAAUAAAAUAUUUAAAAGAAACAA